GGUAGAGGGCUGCGUUGGCGCGGUUCUCCAACCCUUCCAUUCACACCGUCUCCAUUCCGUGCUCCAGAUGCGCAUUCGGCUGCAGCCAGGCGCACGCCGCCAGCUCAGUACACCUGUGAAAGCACAGCCUGGCACAAAAAAGGGAAUCUCUGAAUUAGAAUAAGGCACAUGCGACGAGGACGUGAUAGCUGUGCAGUUACCUGGCACGCCCCCCUGCCCACCCCCCUUUCACACCGAAGUCUCUCUCCUCGUUGGUGCACCGCGAUCUAGUCCGUGAGAGGCGGCGGACUUUCGCAGAGAGAAGAGAUUAGAAAGGCACAAGUGGAAAGCUUGGUGAAUCUCCACUGAAAUCCGUGUUUGCCUGCAGAGAGCUCUGUUUCAGAGGAUAACUGUAGAGUCCAUUUUUGAAAGGAAGACAUCUACAGAUAUAAAAAGCCGCACUCGUAGUCUUCACUGGGAUGCAUAAUGGAAUCAUUAAUUUCUUGAUUUGCUACCCCGUCACCCGCAGAUCUGUGUUACGUUGCAGAGAAAGCGGGAUAUUGCAAGCGAUUUGAAGAAACAAGAAGAGGGUUAAAAGAUUGUGUUUCAGUUUGCAAAAUGCUCCGUAAAUCCCCAUGAACGAAAGUAGAAAUGGACACUGUGCAAUGACGGGGUUAAUUGGGUGACUUAAGCUACACAUUUAAGGCAGCCCACUGAGUCCUUUGGGUGUAGGAUGUAGAAUGAUCCCUAUUCCAAGAUUAAAGGGACAACCACAGUUCUGGCAGAUGAAUGGAGAACCUCCUCCAUGGAUUUGGAUGAUCCCAGCUGCAUCUGGGCUUUACAGAAUAGGUGGCGCCCCUCCUCCUUUCAUAGUGUCAUCUCCACACCCUCCUCCUCUGCUGCAAACUGUUGCUGGAUGGCAACUUCCUUGUGAUCCAUUUCUUCCUUUGAUGCCACUGCCCUCUUCACCUGAACCAGUUGUUCAUCAAUUCACUUUGCCAAAUGUUCAGUGGGAAAUUGCUUCAAGACCACCAGUAGUUGGUUUCCAGCCUUCAGCAAAUAUGGAUCUGGUCCCAUUUUAUCCUCAGAUUUACACGUCAGUGUUGCCACCUCAUUUUGGGAAAGGGUGGAUAGAAAAAAGAUCACCUGAGUGUAAGGUAUAUUUGAAUAAUGCACUCACAGUUGAUUCUACGUGGAUAACUCCUGAAGAGCUAAGAAUCUUCCAAAGGCAUGAAAAACCCAUUCUGAUGACGAAUCAAGUAGCUAGAAGUAUAUGCAGGCCAGCUACUGCUUCCAGAAAUUUCCAUACACUGCUAGUAACACCUCAUCCUCUAUCAGGUGGCUGUCCAGUUGCUAUUAAACAAGUUGGUAGCAACAAAAGGAUUGCAUUAGCUGCUGCAGCUGCUGCGGCUAUGGUGACCAUGGAAUCUGAUGCUUCUCAGGGACCAUCUUCUGUUAGUAAUCAGCCUUAUCGUGUGCUCACCCUGUCUCCAAUCAAGAUUCCUCUUUUGUCUGCUCCUAUGUCGGGGUCUAUUUCUGGAUUGGAAGGGCAAGGUGCACAAACAAGGGCAACACAAGUCAGAAGAGUAACAGCGGUGUCUGCCCCAGCUGUAACUUUCAUGGCAAGUGACUGGAUGGAUCAAACAUCAGCAGAUAAGAGCCUGGAGCCUGCAAGAACAUCAUGCACAGGGACAUUCAUUUUACAUACUGAUCGAAAAACUAAAUCAACUGAAAGUCAAAAUAAGGAUGACACCAUAAAAGUGACUAUUGAGGAAAAGAGUAAUCCAAAAGACAACAGACCUGUGGCCUCAACCCCUGUGCCAGGAUCCCCAUGGUGUGUAGUGUGGACUGGGGAUGACCGAGUAUUCUUCUUCAAUCCUACAAUUCAGCUCUCUGUAUGGGAGAAGCCAGUUGACUUAAAAGGCAGAGGCGAUCUUAACAAGAUCAUUGAGGAUCCACCACACAAACGCAAAAAGGAAGCAUCAUCAAAUGAGCAUUCCAGUCCUAAUGCAGAAGAUGUAUCUGAAGACCACACCACCAAAAUAAAAAGGAACAAAACUGAAGAGCCUGUUAAACCUAAUGAAGAGCAUGAAGACUCAGAAUCAAAACCCAUCAAUGUGUCCUCUCAUCGAACCAUCCUUCCAUUGGAAGUGCGCAUUAGUCAUUUUAGAGAGAUGCUUCUUGAAAGAGGGGUUUCAGCCUUCUCCACUUGGGAAAAAGAGUUACAUAAGAUAGUUUUUGAUCCUCGAUACCUUCUUCUAAGCUCAGAGGAAAGGAAGCAGGUUUUUGAGCAGUUUGUAAAGACAAGAAUAAAAGAAGAGUACAAGGAAAAAAAAAGUAAACUACAACAUGCCAAAGAGGAGUUUCGGAAACUUCUCGAAGAAUCAAAGAUAACCCCCAGAUCAACUUUUAAAGAAUUUGCUGAUAAAUAUGGAAGAGACCAGCGUUUCAAGCAAGUUCAGAAAAAGAAGGACCAAGAACAUUUCUUUAAUCAUUUUAUAAACAUUCUGAAAAAGCGAGAUAAGGAAAAUAGACUGCGUUUGAGGAAGAUGAGAUGAAAUGGAUCAAGUUCUGCAAUAAACAGACUUCACAUACUGUGACAGGAUCGGAAACCACUAAACUUAGUCAUUCAUUUUUUAAAUCCAAAUUAAAAUUUAAGAGACUACCACAAAUCAAAAUAAUACUUUCAUAUUCCUGUAAAUCUGACACUGUUUUCAGUUUUCUAAUGGCAAUGUGAAAUUCAGUUAUGAAUUAAGUUCAUUCUCAAAAGUUUAAUCUGUUUCAUAUUGAAGCUCUCUUUUAUAAAAUCAUUGUUUUAUGCAUUCAGAUUGCCAUGAAAUUAUUCAAUUAUACAUUAGAUAUGCAAAUCACAUUGCAUCAUAUAAAAAUGAAUUAUAUUAUGGCUGUAGGUUUAUAAUUAAAAAAAGCAAUCCAUAUUUUUGAAUAUUUAUGAUUAUCUUCGACAUCUAUGAAAAUGAAAAGACAAUUUUGUUUUGAUAGAUUCCCACAUUAUUUGUUGUCUUACAUUGUGUUAUUGCUAAAGGGCGAGCAACUCAUUUAAGUGUUUUGUCUCAUUUGUCAUGUGUGGAUGACAAGAAUCCAUUGGGCAUUUGAACUAACAGGAAUGUUUUAAACAUAAAAAUGUGAAUAUUUAAUACGAAGGGGUGGUAGAAUUUUAAAGAACAAUUGUGAUAAUGUACUGAAUUGAAAGUGGUGUUUGUUUGUUCAGCUGCCAUGUAAAAUAUAUAUUACAUGUGUUAUUUAGUAGAAAAAAACUUUUAUAAUUAUAUUGAACAUUAAGUGUUUCUGAUAUCAUACAAGUGAUUAAAAAGGGAGAUAAACCUAAAAUAUUUUAGUACAAAAAUGACAUUAUUAUGUUUAUUUACUACUUUUGCAUUAGCAUAUUUGACUUAGUCAUCAAUAAUUCUGAUACACCUACAUCUUUACUUGUAUCAUGCAGUUUUGGUUCAAACUGGUAGUUUAUCUUACAGUGGAAGCCUAAAUUACACAAGAUGGUGUGAAAACCAGUGGUGUGUAAACAUGAAGUCAAACAUAUGCUUCCAGGAUUCCUAUUAUUCAAACUAAACUGCUCAAAAAAAUUAAAGGAACACUUUGAAAACACAUCAGAUCUCAAUGGGAAAAAGAAAUCCUCCUG